AUGAUGAUGGCGAACGCGAAACUCCAGAAGCAGGCGCUGCUGCCGCCGCGUAGCCCGUUCCCGACGGCAGCGUCGCCGUCCCCGUACGCGGACCAUGGCCCGAUCGCCCGGCCACAGGGCGCCACGCACCACCGCUUUGGGCAUGGCCACGGCCAUGGGCACCACCAGCGCACGUCGUCUGAGAGCAUCAUUGAGGAGCAGCCGUCGUGGCUCGACGACCUGCUCGACGAGCCUGAGACGCCCGUGCGCCGCGCGGGGCACCGCAGGUCGUCGAGCGACUCUUUUGCACUGUUCGACGGAAGCGCUGCCUCUGGCGCAUUUGCCAAUGGUUUUGAGGAGAUGGGGGGAGGAGGGCAGGCUGCCCCAUGGGGUGGUGUGCAGGAGUACUAUGCCAAGCCAAGCUCAUACGGGAGGCUGCAGGGCCGGCCGUGGGAACAAGGCAUGCCGAAUUUGGCAGGUUACAGGCCAGGGCCGCCUGUGCUGGUGAGGGAGAAGCUGGGUGGGCAUCACGGGCCACUGAGUGCAUCGAGGGAUCAUGAACAUGCCAUGGACAAAAGAGCUCUUGAUGAACUUGGGGCAGAGAGGAAGGAUGGUGUGCUGCCAAAGUAUGCACAAUCGGAGGCGGACACCAAGCGUGCUAAACAGCAAUAUGCUCAGAGGUCUCGUGUUCGAAAACUUCAGUAUAUUGCUGAGCUUGAGGGUAAAGUCCAAUCAUUACAGUCAGAAGGGAUAGAAGUGUCUGCUGAAAUGGAGUUUCUUACUCAACAAAAUAUAAUGCUAGACUUGGAAAACAAAGCCUUGAAGCAAAGGCUGGAGAGUAUAGCACAGGAGCAAGUAAUUAAACGUGUUCAACAGGAGAUGUUUGAGCGGGAAAUUGGUCGUCUAAGGUCAUUGUAUCAGCAGCAGCAACAGCCACCACAGCCUCCUACUCUUGGUCGUAGUAACAGCAGAGACCUUGACUCGCAGUUUGCAAGUAUGUCUUUGAAACAAAAAGACCCCAACUCUGGGCGUGACGCCGUCUCUGGGCCUCUUCGUACUUAG